AUCAUCACUGCUUCUUGUCCUGAUAAUUCUUGUCAACGGAUUACAAAGCAAUCAAUUUGAGCUCAAUAACAAAGACGAUGUAACUAAGCCAGAAAGUAGCUUGAACGUCGAACAGAACUCUGAAUCAACAGACAUUGUCAUCAAACUUCUACCAGAUGGCACUGAAGAAGAUAUCCAGGAUAUUCUAUCUAGAUAUCCUAAGUUCAAACUGUCAAAACAGUUUAAAUUGUUCGGUGAUACGUACUAUAAGUUGUCAUUGGACGAGUCCAAGAUUCCAAGUCAGUUAGUAGAUGGAACAGUAGGACUGAAUGAGGAUGACAAUGAUAUACUGCGCAUGAAAAAUGAAAAGAAGGUCGAGUUUCUGGAGAUAGACAGGAAGGAAAUCAAUAUGCCUUAUGCUGACACAGCAAAUCCAGACCCUGAGUUGACUGAUAUGUGGCAUUUAAACGGUGUUAUGAAAUACUCACAUAACAUUGAAGAAGCUUGGGCCUUAGGUUACACAGGAAAAGGUAUCACAGUUGGUGUAAUAGAUACGUUAAUGCAAACAAACCAUACAGAUCUGACUAAUAUGGAUGAAUCAAGUUCAUAUGAUUAUUACAACGAUGACAACGACCCUAACCCACCAGAUUCAUCCUUAUAUCACGGAACAUCGGUUGCGGGUAUCAUAGGUGCAACAAAGGGGAAUAACUAUUGUUCUGUUGGUGUUGCAUAUAAUGCAACACUAAUAGCUAUUGGAUUACUAGGCUUGAGUAGCGGCAAUAUGUUAACAGAUUCGCAACAAGCCAUGGCAUUAUCUCAUAUGUACGAUACAAUUGACAUUUACUGUAACAGCUAUGGUCCAACUGGUUCGUAUAGUUACUCAUCAUUAGGAUCAUUCCGUCAAGCAGCAUAUGAAAACAAUGCAAACUAUGGAAGACAAGGAAAAGGUAACAUAUACGUUUUUGCAGCCGGAAAUGGUGGCUCAAUUGCAACACCUAAUACAAAGUCCCAUCAUACAACUAUGUAUACUAUCGGGAUACAAAGCGUUGGUUACGACUAUGUUGUUCGGUAUGGAGAAAUAGGAUCUUCGAUAAUGGCCAGUGCUUAUGGAGGAAGCGUUUUUGACAGAUCAUUGACGUCAACUACUACUAAUUCUGGGUGUAUUGAGGGUUUACGAGGCACUUCUUUUGCAGCUCCAAUUGCAGUAGGAAUCAUCGCACUGGCAUUAGAGGCAAACAAUGACCUUACCUGGAGAGAUGUUCAGCAUUUAAUCGUUAGAACUUCCAAACCAUACGGGUUCAAGGAUCGCGUUGAUAUUGAGAAUAAAUGGCAACGUACUGGAACAGGCUUUAGAGUUCAUCACAAAAUGGGAUUCGGUUUGAUGAAUGCUGAGGCUAUGGUUAAGAUGGCAAUAAAGUGGAAAACUGUUCCGGAACAACUGACUUGGCAAUCAAAAGUUAGCACCCCAAACAUGACAUUAGAAGAAAGAUCAAAAGCCAAAAACAAAAUUGACGUUUCCCGUGACGAUUGUCCAAUCCGACAUUUAGAACAUGUAAUGGUUACAGUGAGUUUUAAUUACUCAUGCUGUAGAGGAGCAGUUGAGGUAUAUCUAGUGUCUCCCAGUGGCACCAAAGUAGUUCUGCUUCCUCGACGAUACAACGACGCGUACUACACAUACACUAGAUCAGGCACCUUUACUUGGACUUACAAAGUUGUUCAUUUAUGGGGAGAAAAUCCUUUAGGAAAAUGGAAAGUUUUACUAAACUUAGACACCAUGAUAGCUACUGCGGAACUUAAGGAGUGGUAUCUUACUCUCUAUGGAACAUCAUCAAAUCCUAUGAAAUUAUAAAAACCUGUCUAUCAAGGUAUAUCUGUCAACUUUGUUAUAGUGGAACAAUGGUCAAAAUAGACAUUACUAUCAUUUGUAUAUCAAAAAUUAAUUUGUCAUAUUUUUUUCUUGAUUAAAAAAAUGUUGUAUGUAUUUCGUAUGACAUGUAUGCAAAUUGACAA